GACGCUCGCAGUGACGUAGAUUUCCCGAGCCGGAAGUGAAUAAUUGUAGUCGUCAGAAAGCCUGAUAGUGACACGACAAAUCAAACGACACUGACAACAAGCCACGGGAAGAAACGGACAGAUCUUUUGGGGGAAAGUCUUCUCCAUAAACAGGAAGGAAGAUGCAUGGCCGAGUGAAGGUGAAGUCUACAGCCCAGCAGGAGGAGGAGAAAAGAAAGGAACGGGAGAAGAAGCUGAAGGUCUACUUGGCUGCACGAGACGCCUGCUUCUCCAAGAGAAAGGAGGGCAUCUGGGAUGAGGGGGCUCUCCAGGUUACUCAGCAGCUCCUCUCGUCCAAUCCGGACUUCGGAACCCUGUGGAACUACCGCAGAGAGACCCUGAUGCACCUGGAGACCGUGAGGGACGAGGACGAAGUGCAGAAGAUUUACGAGGCCGAGCUGUCCUUCCUGGAGUCUUGCCUGAAAGUGAACCCCAAGUCGUACGGCAGCUGGCACCACCGGGGUUGGGUCUCGAACCGCCUGCCCCGACCGGACUGGGCCCGGGAGCUGGGCCUGUGCGACCGCUGCUUGAGCCUGGACGACCGCAACUUCCACUGCUGGGACUAUCGCCGAGUGGUGGUGAAGAUGUCCGGCGUGCCCGUGGACCAGGAGCUGGCGUUCACCGACCGCCUCAUCGGCUCCAACUUCUCCAACUACUCCAGCUGGCACUACCGCAGCACGCUGCUGCCGCUGCUCCACCCGGAGUCCCCCGAGGAGCCGGCGCCGCCUCCCCGCCGCGCCUCCUCCUCCCCGCCGCCUUCCCCGCAGAGCCGCUCCCAUCGCGUCUGCGAGGAGCAGCUCCUCAAAGAAUACGAGCUGGUGCAGAACGCGUUCUUCACCGACCCGAACGACCAGAGCGCUUGGUUCUACUACCGCUGGCUGCUGGGCAGAGCGGAGCGAGAGGAGAUAAUCAGCUGCAUGUUCGUCAGCCGCGAGGAGGAGCGAGUGUCCGUCGCCUUCUCCCGGGCCGUGAACUCCGCCGGCCUGCUGCUGGUGCUCGACGGUCAGCCUCAGAGAGUGGAGUGGAGGAGCGUCCACCCGCGCUUCAAACACAGCCCCGUGUGGAUCUGUGAUCUCGCUCCUGGAACGAUAAGCGACGUCACCAAUGAGCACAACCUGACGGUCCACUGGAUGGAGAAGCACACGCACAGAGACUGUGCGCUGUACACAGGUCGGACCGAGAGCUGGUGUCGGGACUCCGCUACGGAUCAGGAACUCUUCAGGAGCGAUCUCUCCGUGGAGAAGACCUCGGUGCUGCAGUCGGAGCUGCAGUCGUGUAACCAGCUGCGAGAACUGGAGCCGCUCAACAAGUGGUGCUUACUGACCAUCAUCCUCCUGAUGAGGGCGCUGGACCCUCUGGGGUACGAGAAGGAGACGCUCGCUCAUUUCCAAACGCUGGAAGUGAGUCGCGCAAAAACUCGUCCUCUCGACGCCGAGCAGGAAGUGGGGUCGCUGACUUCCUCCUUCUCCUUUUUUUUGUUUUCACCCUCCCGCCAGGAAGUGGAUUCCAUGCGCUCGGCUUAUUACGGCGACCUGUGCAGCAAGUUCAUGAUCGAAAACACCAUCCUGAAGAUGGAGUACGCCGAAGUGCGCGUCUUCAGUAUUUCUGACAAGAGCUUGACCACGUUAUGCCACCUGGACCAGCUGCUGUUGGUCACCCACAUCAACCUGUCCUCCAAUCAGCUGCAUCGACUGCCCCCUCAGUUCGCCAUGCUGCAGUGCCUGGAGGUCUUGGAGGCCAAUAACAACUCGAUAGAAAACCUGGAAGGAGUUUAUCACCUUCCCAAACUGGAGGAAGUCCUCUUGAAGAAUAACAAAAUCUCCACGUUGGCGGAUCUUGAGCCGCUGGCCUCCUGCCCCAAGCUGAAGCGCCUCGACCUCCGCGGCAACCCCGUCACUCAGGUGGCCAACGUGGAGGCGGAGCUAACGGCGCUGCUGCCCUCGGUCGUGGACCUGCUGCUCUGAUCGACGCCCCCUGUGUGUUCUGUAUGUGACGGGAGCAAGUGGCUGCUUUUCUCUUCUCAGUUCGUUCCACUUGUCAAUCACUCGACCCCCCUUCCCCCCCCCUCCCCCCCUCCGAGGGUCUGAAGGCCCGAUGCCCUCGUGACACCAGCAAAGUGUCCACAUCCAUGUGAGUGAGUGAGCGCUUGAUUCUCAAUGUUGGAUGUCCUCGGUACCACGUGCAUGCCUAAAAUAACCUGAUAAAUGGAGUUCAUUGACUGGAUUGGCGUGCAGCAAUGUUGGCUUAUUGCUUCUGUGAGCUUUAAAACGGUCGGAUCGCUUAGUUCACUGUUUCUUUUCUCUUUUUGUCGUGUAAAGCGUUUAAUAUAUGACACUCUACUGUUGCACAGUAAGUCACAGAUCCACUAAUAAAACCGCACACAUUGUGUCACUGCCUUCCAAAAGUAAA